AUGUGCCUACCUGGCCAUUUCUUGUAUUUCACAGAUUUUGAUGAUUCUGUGCGUGUCCCAUCGAAAAACAAUCAGUUAAACCAGAGUGAGGAGACUGACCUGAAAGGCUAUACGCAGGGAUCCCUAGCAAUUGUCUCAGAAAUUGAGCCGAAAGAUGCCAUAAUGCAGUUGCUUAUGCAGGAAACCUACUCAAGGUCUGAGUGCAGUACACUAAUAAAGAUAAUUCAAGAGCGGGUUGUGGAUCCAGAUUCAGGUGGAAUUGCUGAUGGUGAGAUUGCUCUUCCGAUCAGUUGGAAGGCUGACAACCAACCAACCCUUGGAUAUUCUUCAUUUAGUCCAAAUGUGUCCUUGCCUUCAACAUCAAACUUUCGAAUCCAUGGCCAUGGUUUUGAUAAUAGUGCUGCUGCCGACACAGUUCCAAUGUUAACUCCUGCCAAUCGUAGCCUUUUCAACGAUAAAGCUGACAAUAUUCAGCCUGCUUUCAAACGAAGGUACUCCCGAGGACCUUCGAAGAGUCAGGACAAAGGCUGA